CGGCAGCGGCCCCUAGCGGCGGCGGGCGGGGCCGCGGCCCGCAGCCCGGCAUGGAGGAGGCCGAGGGGGCUGCGGGCGGCGCGGAGCAGCGGGGCCCCCGCCGCCGGCCCGGGCCCGAGCGCUCCCCCAGCCCCAGCCGCCUGGACGUGAGCUCCAGCCGGUUCGAUCCGCUGCUGGCGCUGUACUCCGCCCGCACGCCGCUGCCCUUCCCCGCCGCGCCCUGCUUCAACAACCUGGCCGAGUACGAGAGCUUCCAGCGCGGCCUGCUCCGCCCGCGCGGCCGCCGCGCCGCUCCCUCCCGCCGCGGCCCGCCCGCCUCCCGCGCCGCCCGCCGCGGGCCGCCCGCCGCCGACCCCGAGCGCAUCCAGCGCCUCCGCAGCCUCAUGGUGAACGCGGGCCCCGAGCAGGAGGCGGCCGAGGGCGGCGCGGCCCGGCGCCGGCGGCCGCCGCGGAACGUCCUCACCCGGAUGCCCCUCCAUGAAGGCAGCCCACUGGGGGAACUUCAUCGCUGUGUCCGAGAUGGUGUAAAAAUCAAUGUCCAUAUCCGCACUUUCAAAGGGCUUCGUGGAGUCUGCACAGGGUUUUUGGUUGCAUUUGACAAGUUCUGGAAUAUGGCCCUUACAGAUGUGGAUGAGACAUACAGGAAACCAGUAAUGGGCAAAGCUUUCUAUGCAGAACCUCAGCUCACCCUAACCCGGCUGUUUGACAGACUCAAACUGCAGGAGUCCUCAGUAAAGAAGGGAGCUGACUCAAAGACUGUCUCAGAGGAGCUAGCCUUGACAAAUGACUCUCAGACGCUGGGAUUGAAAAUUGGAUCGGGACGAGGGAGAGCAGAAGAUGAGCGUGAGAAGCAGAAGCGCUUGGGCAGAGCUGGAGAAAAGAAGAUGCCAGGUGACAGUUUGCAUCUGGCUACCAGAGGUGAAGCUGAUGUGGGUAGCAGGACUGCCCACGCAGAGGGUGCCACUGCUGGUGGUACCCAUGCAAGAAGCCGUUCGCAGAGAAAAAGGCGGCCCAAAGUGGAUUAUCAGCAGGUGUUCACACGUCACAUAAACCAGAUUUUUAUUCGAGGAGAGAAUGUCUUGCUUGUGCACUUAGCACAUUGACGUGGCUGAGCCUUUGUCAGUGUAUUUAUUUGAUAGCAUGAAUUGCCGCUGUAGCUCUCAUUGCUAUUUAGCGUUCUCAUUAAGUAUGAUGGUACUGUGACUGGUUUCCCCUUGCCAAACAAGGGAAAUAAUUCUAAGUGGAGCAUCCUGAGCUUGAUGCCAAAGCAGCCUCCUUAGAUCUCUGUCAGGGGUCUCAGGACAAGGUCAGCAACACAGUUGUUUCUGUGAGAUGAGGGAGGUAAGCACAGUCCCUCUGCUCCUUAAAUAGAAGCUAAAUGGAAAGGGCUGGAAGAGAAUUUUGGUGUACUCUGUUAUAGGAGCUAAUUGUGGCACAUGUUUAAGGAGUUUAAGAUUAGAUCUCCACUUGAAAUGAAUUAUAAAUGCUAUUUUGCAUGUUCUGAAUAAUCUCAAGAGAAGAUUGAAAAUGAAACCAACAGUUUAUCUGCUGUUGUUACAUGGAUGUCCUCUUCUCCAGACAUAAUUCUGAUAGUCAUUUUGAAGUAGCCCAUAAAAAGGUGGAGUGACAUACUACUGAUGGCUGUUAGCCUGUUCUUCAUAGUUAGCUCUGUAAUGCCCUGUGUGAUAGACAACCUCUUAAUCGAAAACUGCUCUGUUUGUGUGAACGAUGGCAGGAUUUUAAUUUGUUUUCAGUAUCAAAGCUUAGGCUUCUGUUGUAACGCUGUGCUUUAGCCCUGUGUCACCAGCAAGCAGCUAAUGUAGCUGACCCAGGGACCUCCAUAUUUGGAGUUUAUCUGUGAAUGUUGUGGAUGCAGAUGGAAAAUUGUACUUUCAUAUUUCACCAAUUUGCUACUUAGUGAAAUAGCGAAGUUUGCAAAGAUGUAGUUUUUCUUCUCGGAUUGAAGUGUUUGUGCUGAGCACAACUGUACUGUAUCUAAGCGCCUUUCAAGUUCCCUGUGUUGAAACUAGAGGUGCUGUGUCUCCAGCAGUUCUCAUGGAGCAGAAAUCUUCAUGGGUCUUUCCUAUCCAUAUGAAUGAUGUGUCAUCUAAUUCCAGUUGAACUGAGCUUUGGAGGUGUGCCUAAAAAAUCUUUUGAAUUAUAGAAGUCAAACUCAGCUCAUUAGUAGUUUUAUUUUAGCAAGGUUGUUAAGCUAUUGUAGAUCAGGCCAGGCUUCUGCAGGUAUAAACUGCUUUCCAAGAGAACUGCAUGCAGAAGUUUGGGGGUAAAUGAAGCUGUUAUGUUAUCUAGUCUGUUCCCUUAGUUGUCGAAGGACACUAGAUUGCACGCUGCUAUUCCUGUAUUCAUCUCAACUACCUUAUGCUUUGCAGCAGCGCCCUGUGUUUAAGGUGAAGUUGGGAGAUUGCUUUGUAGCAGGUCUUGUAUUCCAUAUAGAGGUCAUAAGUCCUCAAACUGAGUGACUGUGGUCUCACUGACUUAUAUUUCUGUUCCUGCAAAUGCAACAUACUGCUUGCUAGUCGUUAGGGUAUGUCUGUUGUUUGGGUGAAUUACAGAAAUGGUUUAGCAGGAGUUCUGGACAAACAAAGCAGCUGUAUGCCUCUGGGGGAGCCUGAAACUUUUAUGUCAGCAUUUCAGAUGACAUGGGGCUUGGAUGGCUGUUCAGCUCAGCCACUGAGCUGCAAACCCAAGUUCAGCUUGGGACAGAAAUGCCUCAGAAUAAAAAAUACUGUUGAGGCAAAACAGUUUCAUGAAGGGUAUGGAAAAAAAAAGAAAAAAGGAAAAAAAAAGAAAAAGGAAAAGAGUUUCUACAGUUUCUUACCUACAUAUCAUACAUAGCUUUAUUGCUGUAAUCCCUUCCUACUGUGAACUGAGACUAGGCACUGAAAAGGUUCUUCUCUUGCAGGUUCUUGUUUCCUCUCCUUUUGUGCUGUUCUUGUUUGUGUUCAUGUGGGCUGCAGUUCUUCCGUUCCCCCCCUUCUGUCAGUGCUUUGUCUCCUCAGGACAUUCUAAAUCUGGUUUAGGGAGAUUGUUAUUGAAUACACCUCCAGUUGUCCUGGCUCUCUGAACCUUGCCUGGUUGGCUUUUCACGUGGUUGCCAACUAACCAGAACCCUCACCAACUGUUAGAAACAUGUGAAGCUAGAAACAAGGAGCUUAUUUCUGCUCCUGACAUCUCAGCAGCUUUUAUUAUGUUUUUGGUUGUGCAUUGUUUUUUCCACUCUGCUUUCUGACCGUUUGGGUUUUAUUUCAGUUGCUUGGGAUGACUUACCUCUGCCUUUUCCAUUCAUGCCAAAGGCUACUGGUUUUGACCUCUCCUCCUUCCUUUACGCUGGACCAAAGGGUGUCAGAUCUCCACUCAAGCCUACGUACUAUGACAUCUAAUUGAAUUCUUGCUUUUCUUUACCUCAUAUUCUUAAUUCUCUUUGUCAGCCUAGUUUAUACUGCCUUGUGCAUUAAGAUACGACUACCAGGAAUGUUUUUGUGGCUGUACUGCCCUCUUUCCUUGUCAGUUGACACUUUGCUGAGUCCUCAGUUGCUACUAGAAGUCUCAGUGUUUCCUUUCAUCAGAAGUUUUUCUCUGAAACCUUGCAGGUGUUUGUUGCUUCACAUCUACAAGUUUCUUUUUUCAUGUUUUAUGAAAAAUGCUGGUGCUUAGACUUGCAUUUGUGCCUUGAUUUUUAUAUCAUCACUGACCUGUUCUUCCAGAACCAUCACCUCAGUCAACAAACCUAGUUAAGAACUAUACAGUUUGUCUACUUUUUUUGCUCUACCUCAUUAUUAAACUGGUCCUCCUCUAUUUUCGUUGUUGUCUUACCUGUAGAGUUGGUUAAAAUUCUCUCUUCCAAUUUAGAUUUAAUGGCUUAUUUGGUGAUUCUUUGUUUCCUACUUCCCUAUCCACCUCUUAUUAUUACCAAGCUGCUUCCUAAAUAUAGCCUCUUCUACAAUUUCAGAUCUUCCAAAAUGUCUUCCUUUUCCCUUUUUCUAAAAUUGUAUCUUUUUUAAGUCUAUUAUCAAAAUGCUGUUUUACAAAUUUUGUCUCUUUCAAGCAUAGCAUUUGUGAUUUUCGUCUCUUUCAAGCAUCAUGAUUGUGACUAAGCAAGUGAUCCUGUAUGUGUGUUGUCACUUGCAUGUUUAAUACUUCAAAGUUGCUCUUUAAAUAAAAUCAAAUGUGACAUUCUGAAUAGAAGUCUCCUACCUCACUUCAGUAUUCGUUGUAAAUCUGUUUAACAAAAACAAAAAACAACCCUUGGAAACAAAUGAGCUUUGGGUUUUUGAUUGUUUCUGGUUAUUUCUUUCCAUGUUUUCCUUUUCCAAACUUAGCAUAAAAUCCAGGUUCUUUGUUCAAAAGGCUGUCUGCUCCUAGUCAUUCCUCCGUUGCUCCAGCGUCACAAAGAUGGUAUGAGGGUAGAUACCUGGAGCUAUUAUGCUAAAGCAUGAAGAGUAGGAGCAGGAGGCAGUCUUAAGAAACAGAGAGCUGUGGGAGCGUGAAAAAGCUUUGGGCCAAAUACAAAGAACUCUGUGGAAAGGAUCAGCACACUGGUUGCAACCUGUCCAGAAUUCCCAGGACGUUGUUCAGCCUGGUGCUCAGCAGUGAUUCCUGUAGCGUGUUUAUGGUGAGGUACCGAAUUAGUACAAGGAACAGUUUUCUGAACUACCUUUGAAGAAGUAUUGUGAUAAUUUGAGAAUUCUUUAAGAAUAAUUUUAAAAUAGGAGAGAAAUAAUGAAACUGGUGAAAUGCUGCAGAAAUGAUGUAACGGAGUAGUCUUGGAAUGUGAUGUUACAGAUACAUCUCAUGGUGUCGUCAUGUAUCUUUUCAUUGCCAACACAGUUCAGCAGGGAGCCAAGUCUCAUGGUUACUUUAGGAGUAGCAAUUUUAUUUGUAUGGUGAUAGAAUUCUAGGGACGUUUGCCAAUAGUCUGAAUGAGGUUUUCAUGGAAUCGCAGCAUAAAACCUUGCUGUGCUGUGGGGAUGCAGGGAAACUGGGAGGGAGAAUCAGGCUGAGUGCUGCAUUGUUACCCUAGUUGUGGCUGUCGUGGCUGGGAAUAUUGCUUGGGAAGCUCUUCAGCACAGGUUUUACUGAACACUUCUUAAACAGGGCUGUGGUGGUAGAAUAGAUAAGGUCAAAGGGGAAAAAAGGAGCUUGUAAAAAAGUGUGUGUUUAGUUCCUUCUCUCAACUGACUUACCCAGCUUGUUAAUUGCCUGGAUUUUUUUUUUUUUUUUCUGAUUUAGAGGCAGGUACUUAGCAUAACCUCACCAGGUGAUUAUUGCAGUAGCUGGUGAGUACUGUUUUCCAUCUGCUUCUUGUCCUUCAGUUUCUGGAUUCAUUUUUUCUGAUGCAGCUUUCCCUUCUGUGUCAUUGGGAAGCAGGGCGAUGUCUCUCGGCAGGAGUAGGCUUGACUGCCUGCUGUUUUUUCCCCCUUCCUAAGGAAUGUUACUCCAUCCAGUUUUGCAUCCAAUAAAUAGUUUAAUUUAUAGCCUUUGGCUAUUCUUGAUUUUCAUACUACUCUGCAGACUUUUGGAAUUACUUGAUCAGAAAAAUGAUUUAUCUUGGGUCGAUUGGAGUAAACUGAUUUUUUUUGAAAAAACUUUAAUUCCUUUUUUACUUAUUUUCCUUUCCGCGGUGCUAGGUUUCUCUAGUUUGCUGUUGCAGUAACCCACUUGCACCUAUGAAUCACUGUGGGUGAAGAAGUGUCCAGGAAAAGAGAAGCAAAGAAAAAAGAUGUCUGAUUUUUGUUGAAUUUGACAUUCAGUCCAACAUGCUGCCUGUGCUUCCCUUUCUGUUGCUUACUGGCACUGACCUAAAUGAGACAGGUGGAAACCGAUUUAAUCCAGAAUCUUGAAAGCAAAUGGAAAGGCAGCAGGGACAGCAAACUGUGAAAACAGAGUUUCUGAAGAUGCAUAUCUCCAGGCAAACUUCUAUAUUUGAUUAAACAGAUCAGAAUUAUAAUCACCAUCUUAAACUGUAAGCUCUGCAACUGGAUAAAAUUGGAAGGCACAGUACUACACCCUUUGAGAGGCAGCGCAGCAGCAGUAGCAGUGAUGCAGUGAUUCCUUCAGCCAGGCAAGCUCUUUCCUCAGAAGCUGUGGAGUUAUAUGCUAGUGUCUGCCUCAGGGCAUAACUGCAAAAUACUGCAAAUUAAUAUGAAGAUGUUUUCUCUCCUGCCUGCAUUGCAAAGUGUAAAACAAAUGCUGAAAUAUGCGUCUUCGGCAGCCCAGAGCUAUUUAACUUCAUGCUUUUGCUUCUUGGUACUGGCUUAAAAAUUUGAAGUUCAUACUAUAGCAAUCCUAAGACAGUCUUUGCUUUAUGAAAGGCUAACACUUACUAGAAAUAAUAUUGGAAAACUAAGCUAUUACAGAAUUUGUGGAUUUCUUAAUUGUGUAUUGCAAACCAAAAAUAGCUAUUCCUACGGAUGUUAUCAAGAUGCACAAAUGGAAAUACAUGAAGCCACAACUGGAAGGAGAGAGGAUAAAGAAAUACUUCUCUUCUUCUAGUGAAGGAAGAUGAUCUUCCUAGAGUGAGAUAGUAAUUUCAAAGCUAAUUCUCCCAGUUUGGAGGCUUGAUGGUAGGUGGGUGUAAACUCAAAGUGAAUUAAGGAUGCACCAAAAACGGAGCUGCAAGAGGCGUGGCUGUUUGCAGACUUGAGUAUCAACAGUCUUAACUUUACAGUGAGAGUUUCUAGAGAAGCAACACCAGUCUAUAGUCCUAAUGUCUACAGCAUUAAUUUCCACAAAAAGUUUGCUUGGCAUUAUUAUCCUCACCCAUUAGAAGAUGACAAAUACAAGGGUCUGUGAUGGGCUGCCCUAUAUUUUUCAAGAUGCUGCAGCAGUGGUGAGAUGUGAUUAGGUGGACAGAGGAAGACAGGGGCAGCCAGUUGCAAUAGGAACUCAAGGGGGGAGACCUAAAAUCUUAGUGAUGUCCUUCUAGCUAAUGAGCUACAAGUCUAGCAAAGGAGGAUAGAGUCCAAGCUUAGUUUUUAAUUUACCGAAAAUAUUAGUAUCAAUGUUUUGAUUUCAUUAAUAUUAAUAAAAAUAUUAAUAAAAUACUAAUACUCUGGUAGGGUAUGCUUGGACCAAAAAUGAAGAAUGUGCCCAAGUUUUCAUUUAGAAACUUUAGCUUGGUCAGAGUUUUUUUCAGCAGUGCCUGUGUCUCACCUUCAGAUAAACAUUAUUGCAACCUUUUUUUUUUUUAAAGUACUGCAUUUUUCAUGUAGCCAGUAAUGUUCAUUUCAUACCUAAAAAGUGCUUUAAAGAGCCACUGUCAUUAGGAGGAUGCGCCCAUUUUCAGGAGUUUACAUACCUUUUCUUCUGUUCUGUCUUGCAACCUAAGAUGAAACUGGCAACAGCUGGAUGUAAGUAAAGCAAUUAAAAUUUCCUUGGAAAGUAAAAACAACAUUUUAAAAAUCACAGCUUUUUCUGUCAGGUGUUGCCCAUGUAUCACCAGGAAAAAGUAUCCAUUGCUGCAUGGUAGUAAGGUUUUUCUCCACAAGUUUUCUAUGUAAGAGCAUCCUUUGCUGCAUUUUAUCCAUUAGCAGCCUGGGCCGAAAAAAAAAAAAAAAGAAGCCACUUGAGAAGAGGUAGCUGAGGCAGUCCGGUGGUGGUCCUCCAAGUGGGCACUGCAGGAUCAGUGCACUUGAUGAAGACUUACCUUGAUGGAAAAAAAAUGUGCGUAAUCUACUGUAAGUAUAACUCUGUAUGUUUUCCCGACUGUAGGCUUUCAUGGCAUGCUGAAAGUGUGAGAACAGGCAAAGAAAGAGGAGGGAGGCAUUACUUGGUGAUAACUCCUUGAAAUGGGAGGUUGCUUUCUAGCCUGUACGCUUCGGCAUAAUUUGGCCAGCACUGGGCAUUUGUAUUCUAUAGGUGAAGGGGGAGUAUGCAGAGCCGGUUCUGAAGCGCAGCCUCCGUUGCGUUGUGAGCAUUUCACAGCACGUGAACUAUGCACCAGGAGUCUCUGCCAGACUCCGUCCCUAAUAACUGACAUGUUUGAUCCUGCCUUUAAAAUUUUGUAGAGGAAACCCAGUGGGAGAAAAAACACGCAAACAAAUUUCCCCUUUUGAGGCAGGGAUGGUAGCAGGCUCGGUUAUCCUUGUUAGCUUCCUGGGGGUGCAGGAGUAAGGCCCGCUUUAGUGGAGGAAUAUCAGAGAUGGCUUGUCUCGUGAUGUUUACAAGUCCUUUUAGAUGUCACUGUAAGUGCUCUUGCUCUUAGCUGGUAGAAGUAAAGGCCUGUCAGGGAAGGAAAAUGCCUUCUGAUGUUCCUGGAUAACUAUUUUAUUAGCUGCUGGCUUCAUAGUGUACACUUGGAUGACUUAGCUGAAGAAAAUUAGUACACCUGAGACUUUCAGUCAGUCUUGUAUUCGUUUAGAAUGAGAAGUAGUUUGAUCAGUUUGUAUAAAAACAUAUCCAUCCUUUUUUCCUCUCAAAAGAUCAGUGCUCUCCCUCAGGAAAGAAAUGAAAGCUACUCCCACUCCUAUAGCGAUUGCUUCUGAUUUCCACUGCUUCAGAGCAAAGUGCAGCUGUGUCAUUGUAUCUUCAGCGUGACAGAUCAUUCUGAGAUGAGAAAAUGAGAGAAUCAUUUGGUUUCUUUAGAGCUAAAAUGGGCAUUACGAGGGGAGCAGUUGUGUUGACCUCUUUUUAGGUGGUGCAUGCAUCCACUGUAGUUGCAUGGAUGGGGACUUGUUAACCAAUUAGUCAUCUAUAAAACUUCCUUAACGAACCACAGAGGAGCAGCAUGACCUACCAGACUGACACAGGAUUGGAAGUCAGUUGCUGACAAAUUCUGAUCUCUUUACUGCCACUUGCUCACUGAAUGGCCUUGGCAAGUCACUUCCCUCCCUCUCCCUUAGGCUGCCCAGCUGCAGUACAUCAGAGAGCAGUCCUUGCCUGUCUCACCAGGAUUUGGGGAAGUGGUAAGUGCUAAGUAUUGUUAUUAAAACUAUAAUAUGUCAGGUAAUGCAGAUACAUAGAUCAUCUGCCCUCUCCAGGCACUUGACUGUUAGCCUUAUGUCCCAGCACACUAAAAGUGUGCAGGGUAUCAGGUACAAUGAUGCACUUCAGUCCUGAAAUUACUUAUGUCUUCAAGGUCAGAUUUGGUGACUUCAAUAUCUGUUUCAAAGCUGCAAUAUCACAUUUUGGUCAAAUGCUGAUAAAUGAGAAUGUAACUCAUUUGUAAUACCUUCUCUGUCUUCCUAAAUAUUUUGUUUCUUAGGAAGCUGAUGCUGCUAUGAACAUACUGAAUAAUACUGAAUUUGCAAUAUUCUGCUUUCCAGAUAUAUAUGUUUAUAUUUAAAAUUGCUAUGACUGCAAUGCAAUAAAUAUAUCCAUGUAACA